AUGGGAGGCAUACAAAGUUCUUAAAUUCAAGAGCCUUAAAGGUAAUAGAAUUCUAAAAUAAAAACUGAUUGUUUAAGUUAGAGAGAUGGUGAGAAACAGAAUACGUAUAGUUUUCUAGCACUACCUAAUAAGUAAUAAUAAUGGUUUAAUUGCUUGAUUAGUUAGAGGUAGAAAGAAUAAAAUAGUAUAUAAUCCUUAUCGAACAGUAAUUCUAAUUAAAUUAAAAAGUAUGAAUAUUAGGAAAAAAAAUCAUUUGAAUCUCCUGAAAGUUAUUAUUAUUCUACAUUAUAAGGUCACAUCGAAAAUGAACUAAAACCAGAGAAACAAACCAAAAAGGAUGAAGAAAAAUACUCAUUCUUUAAUGAUAAGGAAAAGGAUGAAGAAAAUGAGAAUAUUGAAGGAACUAAAAUGAUUGGAUAGGCUCCGAUAUUAUAAAUAAAUAAUAUAUAAUCUAUUGAAAACACUUAAAUUUGCAUCAAAAAUAAUUACUAUCCUUGGUUAAAAUAAAGGUUAGAAAAAAUUGAAAUAUAUGAACCUAUAGAAAAAUUUAUAGAUGAAUAAUCCCAGUUUGUAUAUAAUACAACACUAUCUGAUUAAUCAUAAUACGAAGGAUUUAUGAAGAAUGGUAAAAGACAUGGAUACGGAAUAAGUUUAUCAUAAACAGAAUUAUUUGAAGGCAGUUUUUAAGAUGGGAUAAGGAAAGGUUGGGGAAGACGCAUAACUAAAGCUACUGUAGAAGUAUUAAGGAUGAUAUAUUUAUAUAAUAGUCUGGAUAUUGGGAAAAUAAUAAAAUGUAAAAAAUCAUGGAAAAAUAAGAGGAAGAUUUAUAUUAUAAAGGAGAAUGCUACAAUUCUAUACCUAAUGGAAGAGGAUAUUUAAAAAGAAGUAUUUCUAUAUACACAGGUGAUUUUGUAAAUGGAAGAAUGGAAGGAUAAGGAGUACUUGAAGAUCUUAUCAAAAAAGUAAAGUAUGAAGGAUAAUUUUUAUGUGAUAAAUUUCAUGGAUAAGGAAAUUAUUAUUUUUCUAGUGGUAAAAAAUAUAUUGGCCAAUUUCAGAAUUCUUAAUUUCAUGGUUAAGGAGAAAUGUUUUGGCCUAAUAAACGUUAUUACAAAGGUAUAAACUAUAAUAAUAGUUUAGGUUAAUUUGUAAAUGGUUUAUUUGAAGGUUGGGGUUACUUAAUAGAUGAAGAUAAUUCAAUAUAUGAUGGAUAUUGGAAGAAUGGCAAAAAGAAUGGUAAAGGAAAGCUAACUGUUAAGAAUUUAGAAAUUUAAGGAACUUGGGUAAAUGAUGAAUUUUAAGAAGGUAAAUGA